AUGAAGUGCGAAAAAGCACAGGACAUGAUGAGUUCUACCAAAUCGCAUCGAUCGCGAAGAUCUUCCUCGAUGUCUAGAAAACUCCUAGCUGCUAGUAUAUGUCUUGCUGUGCUUCCUAUUGCAGAUGCGCAUACAUACUAUCGCAACAGAGCUACCUGGAAACCAAAUUGGGACCCCAAUCGACCUGUUCGCAAAGGUCCGCCUAAGAAGAGAGAUGGAGCAAUCCCACUAAUAAUAAGCAACAUGUGUCCUGAAACGAUAUGGCCUGGAAUUGGUACUCAAGCAGGAACUGGUGCUGGAGUAGGAGGAUUUGCUCUACAAACUGGGGAGAGCAAGUCCUUGACAGUCAGUGCUGACUGGCAAGGAAGAGUUUGGGGGCGCACCAAUUGUAGUUUUGCGGUUGGAGGUAAUGGAGCUAGUAAUGCUGCCGGAAAUGAUGGUUCUGGUUCUGCUUGUGUUACCGGUGAUUGUGGUGGUUUGUUGGAUUGUUCUAUUACUGGAGAAACUCCUGUUACUCUAGCGGAGUUUGAUUUGGCGGGAAAUGGAGGUUCUCAGACUUUCUACGACAUUUCUCUAGUGGAUGGCUACAAUGUUCCUAUGGGAAUUAUAUAUAUUCCUGGUGAAAAUGCCGCACUCCAGGCCAUCCCACCGAAUCUUGUAAAUGCCGCUUGUAUCGCCUCAAGCGGUUAUCUCGCGCCCCCAGCUACCACAGGUACCAAUGGCAACUCCUCAAAUUCCACUUAUCCCAUUCCAUUGGAGAGUACAGUUACCAACGACGCAGCUAUGAGUUGGUGCCCAUGGAAUCUUCAAAAGACUCCACCCGACAAACCAGGCGAUGGCGUCUACCCUUACCCGGACGACAAAAUCCAACGUCCGACAUUCGAUCCCUGUCUUUCCGCCUGUGCUAAAGAUAAUAAGGCGUCAGAUUGCUGCACAGGUGCUUAUGAUCAACCUCAAUUAUGUCCUCGCAAUGAUUUUGCAAAUGCUGCAAAUACUAUCUGUCCAGAUGCAUAUGGCUAUCCAUUUGAUGAUCAAACAUCCACGUUCGUUAUUCCUACGGGAGGUGGAUGGGAAAUUGUGUUUUGUCCAAUAGGAAGGAGUACGAAUAUUUUGAAGGUGCUAGGGGAUCAGAUGAGGAAAAUAGCUAGUGCGGGGAAAGUCACAAAGGAUAUUAUUGAGGCCGCGAUGAAUGAGACGUAUAUUAAUGAAAUGGCAGUGAAGAGUACGGCGGGAGAGGGAUUGUCGGAGAAAGCGAAAUUGGGGAGCUGGGGGGCGUUGGUGGGAGUGCUGGUUUGGGGGAUUUGGUUGUGUUGA